AUGGGUUGUUCAGUCUAAAAAUCAAAAGCUGGAAAACUAUCGUAGAAUAAUUUAGAAAGCAUUCUUUAAAUGUAGAUUCAAGAAUUAGUAUAAGAAUAAUAAUAAUGUAAAAUCAUAGUCUAUAAAUUAAGAGUAAUAGGAUACCUUAGAAAAUCAAGAAGAACUAUCAAUUUACGAUAAAACUUUAGAGAAGUAAGUAAAGGUUCCAAAAUUAAGAUAACCAAGUAAGCAUUUUAAAUCACUAUUCAAGUUUACAAUUCAAUAGUUUAAAGAAGAAAACUAUAAUAAUAUGAAGGGAUCGUAAAGUAAAACAUAGAGUUAUUAUGA